CGGCGGAGGCGCGGGUGUCAGUGAGCGGCGAGGCGCUGGCGCCCCGAGCCGCGUCAGCCGGUCGCCCGCCGCGGUCUGCGGGUCCGCGCCGCGCGCUGCUGGCGGAGCAUCUCCCGGCUGCGCACCUGCCCGGCGCCCCCCGGCGCCCUGGGACCGCCGCCGCCGCCGGGCCCGGGCGCCUCGCCGUGGAGGGAGGGCCGCCGGGCGGGCCGGGCCGGCGCGGCGAUGAUGCACAGGUUCCGAAAGUGGCUGUACAAACCCAAGAGGUCGGACCCGCAGCUGCUGGCCCAGUUCUACUAUGCGGAUGAGGAGCUGAACCAGGUGGCGGCCGAGCUGGACAGCCUGGAUGGGCGGAAGGACCCCCAGCGGUGCACCCUGCUCGUCAGCCAGUUCCGCUCCUGCCAGGACAACGUGUUAAACAUCAUUGACCAGAUCAUGGACGCCUGCAUCCCCCAGGACCGCGCCCCCCGGGACUUCUGCGUCAAGUUCCCCGAGGAGAUCCGGCACGACAGCCUGGCGGGCCAGCUGUGGUUCGGCGCCGAGUGCCUGGCCGCCGGCUCCAUCAUCAUGAACCGGGAGCUGGAGAGCAUGGCCAUGCGCCCGCUGGCCAAGGAGCUGACCCGCAGCCUGGAGGACGUGCGGGGCGCCCUCCGCGACCAGGCGCUGCGGGACCUCAACACCUACACGGAGAAGAUGCGGGAGGCGCUGAGGCACUUCGACGUCCUGUUUGCGGAGUUCGAGCUGAGCUACGUCUCGGCCGUGGUGCCCGUGAAGUCGCCCCGGGAGUACUACGUGCAGCAGGAGGUCAUCGUGCUGUUCUGCGAGACCGUGGAACGGGCCCUGGACUGCGGGUACCUGACCCAGGACAUGAUUGACGACUACGAGCCCGCCCUCAUGUUCACCAUCCCCAGGCUGGCCAUCGUGUGCGGCCUUGUGGUCUACGCGGACGGACCCCUAAACUUGGACCGCAAGGCGGAAGACAUGUCCGAGCUGUUCCGGCCCUUCCACACGUUGCUGCGGAAAAUAAGGGAUUUGCUGCAGACGCUGACGGAGGACGAGCUGCACACGCUGGAACGGAACCUCUGCAUUUCCCACGACGUGGAGUUCCCCCUCCGCACAGACGUGCCCGUGCCCCCGGCCCUGGUGCCCGCCUUCCCGGCGCCCCUCCCACCUGAGGAGCUGCUCCCCGCCAAGGCCAAGGACCUGGAGGCCGAGCUGGCCUGCUCCAUGCAGUACGACGACCAGGAGCUGGAGCAGCUGAGCCGCAUGGUGCACCGGGCCGGGGACGCCAUGUCCUCCCUGCUGUCCCCCCCCAGCGCCUGCCAGUCCCCCGCACGCAGGCCGGGAAGCGAGGACAGCCCCCGGGUGGAGGCCUCCCCGGGCCGCAGGCUGCGGCCCUCGGGCAGCGACGAGGAGGAGGGCAGGGUGUUCUUCAUGGACGAUGUGGAGGGGGCAGCCGAGGCCCCGGGCAGCCCCUCCGUGUGGCCGGGUGGCCCCCACGCUGACUCCCAGGAGAGAGAGCAGGGCAGGGAGGCAGGGGGCAGCGUGCCCGCCACCUCGAAGGACGAGGACGACUUGAGCAACAACAACAACGUCCCAGACCAGGACAAGGCCUGGGCGUCGGGCCCCAACUCCUGCAGCUGCCUGGACGCCCAGCCGCACCUGGACGGCUGGGAGGUGACGGCGGACGACGCGGAGACCGCGGAGAUGAUCGCCCACCGGACGGGGGGCAUGAAGCUCUCGGCCACGGUCAUCUUCAACCCCAAAUCGCCUGCCCUCGUGGACGGCGCCGUCUCUGCCCUGGAAGCGCCCGGAACCGGUGCCUCCCCGUCGGAGACCGUGGCCGAGGGGACGGAGGGCCCCCACAAACUCGGUGCCGCAGCCACCAGCUGCCUCCUGAACUCCUGCGUGUGCUGCGGGGGCUGCCGGGGCGGCAGGGAGGAGGCGGCCGAGAGCCUGCUGGACAAGUGCAGCCCGGGCAUCAUCGGCACCUCCUAUGUCGGCUCCGGCUUGGCCAAGGGCGGGGCCAAGAGGCCGGAGGAGGCCCAGCCCGCCCUGGAGGCACUGCCCGUGGGGUCCCCGGCCCCCCUGCCCCCAGAAGACACCCCCAACCAGGAGCCCAGAGCCCCUGCUCCCAGCAAGUGCCUGGCACUCACCUCAGGGCCCGCGGUGGACGCAGCAGACAGGCUGCCGGGCGGUCACGAUGGCGGUCAGCAGGAGGAGCCCGAGGCCAGACAGCCGGGCGGUGGACAGCCCUCCGGGGCCGGGGAGGGGAGCCGCAGCCUGUCGGGCCCCAGCGGCUCCCCGGCCGGGGCCGGCUCCGCGGACAAGGCCGUGCUGGAGGCGGCCCCCGUGGCCACGAGAGAGAAGAUCCGGUCCAGGUUCCACGGCAGCCACGACCUGAUCCACCGCCUGUUCGUCUGCAUCUCAGGGGUGGCUGACCAGCUGCAGACCAACUAUGCCAGCGACCUGAGAAGUAUUCUCAAGACCCUCUUCGAGGUCAUGGCCACCAAGCCGGAGAUGGACAACAAGGACAAGUUCCGGAAGGUCGCCCAGACCCUGCGGGGCGCGGCCCUGGAGGACUGCGCCCUGUGCCAGGAGACCCUGUCGUCCUCCGAGAUGGCAGCCAAGACCCGGGACGGGGACUUGGAAGGUGCGUGGGGAGCCCUGGCCCGUCUGGACGCUUCCUCUCUGUCCAGACCAAAGCCUGGAGGUCGGGGACCCUGCUCCCCACUAGCCUGGAGACCCGCCCGAGUGGGUCCCGGACGAGGCCUGCAGCCUCUGCACCGCCUGCAAAGCGCCCUUCACGGUCAUCCGCAGGAAGCACCACUGCCGCAGCUGCGGGAAGAUCUUCUGCUCCCGCUGCUCCUCGCACUCGGCCCCGCUGCCCCGCUACGGGCAGGCGAAGGCGGUCCGCGUGUGCACCCACUGCUACGUGUUCCAUGUGACGCCCUUCUACAGCGACAAGGCGGGCGUCUGACGGCACCAGGCACCCGGACCCGCCGAGCCCGAGAGGCCGCCCCGGAAGGAAGGCCCCCGCGGGGCUCCCGCCGCUCGGUCCCGGUCCCGCGGGUUUUGCCUGCAUUCAUCGGGCUGUUGCUGCGGAGACUUCCAGAGCAUCCCGCACCUCUGUCCGGCCACGCGGGCUCCCCCACCUGCAGGGCCAGCGGGAGGGGGAGGGGUCCCUGGGCGCCAGGGGCCGAGCUGCUGCCUGGAGGCUGGGCCGCAGCUCGGGGAGCAGCCGGGCAGCCUCAGCGCCUGCGGCUACCUCGGACCCUGGACCCGCCCGAGAGGGCCGGGCCUCCGUGCCCGCAGGCUUCCCCACGCGCUUGCCAAACCAGUGCCCAGAGCCCGGGACACCCACCUCCUCCCCCACGCCCCCUGCCCUCCCCCUCGGGGCCUUGGCUGAGCAGCACACGCCUCACUGUGCCCAGCGGUCCCUCGGGCGAGCUGCCCAUGUUGCCUGCCCACCCACCCACCUGCGGAUGGGGAGGGGCCGCGUGGAGACCCCCAGACAGGCCCCGGAGCCUUAGGCCGGGCUCCCAGGCAGCCACGGACCACGGGGCGCCGCCCCCUCGCUGCCGCCCCCGCUUCCCGCACCCCUGGGACCUUGGCCCCGUCCUCCGACAGGGCGGGCGCAGGCCCAGCGGGACUCCUCAGGCUAAAUCUCAGGCUUCACAUUGCAAUGAGGGUUGCAGCUUUAUUUUUAGAGAGAGAGACACACCUACCGCUUCUUUUAUAGGAGAAACCCGGUUACUGUUAACGUGGACACACACGGGACGGCUUCCGUGGGAGGGAGAGUAUAUGACGGAGUGACUAUUCUGUAUGGAGAGUAUUUUUAUUUUCUAAAUGCUGUAAUUGGACACCAUUUCCAUAAAUCUA